CUUGAACAACACCGAGCCAAUUCUCCGCAAUCCCUUGAAGUCUCCUGCCUCAUGCGGAUGAACACGAGAAACCAGCUAGGAUUCAAGUGUGGUAGUGAAUCAUCUUCGCGACGCUCCGCUACCCCGCACAGCCUCGCAAUCUGAUAUAAAGAGCGCACAGAUGCGAGCGACAAUUGUCCCCUUCGUGGUAACCGUCUGAAAUAUUUCUAUUGCAUAUAUAUCAGACAUUUUUUCCGCCCUGGCUAAUAUGUCUCUCCCUGCGACCUUCAAGCAGGCGGUUUUUCGUGCGGCGGGAUCGCCGCUUGUGAUAGAAGAGAGCCCCCUCACACCACCAGGCGAUCGCCAACUCCUUGUCAAAGUAGAGGCUUGUGGCGUGUGCUCUUCGGACCGAUGGGCCCAGAACAAUGUUUUGGGCGGAGGCUUCCCCAUCGUCCCCGGUCAUGAGAUCAUCGGCCGCAUUGCUGCCGUUGGAGACGGCGUCUUGAACUGGAAGGUCGGAGACCGGGUAGGCGGAGGCUGGCAUGGCGGACACGACGGGACUUGCGGAGCCUGCAGGAAAGGUUUCUUCCAGAUGUGCUCUUCCAAGCAGGUCAAUGGCGAAACCAAAAAUGGGGGCUAUGCUGAGUACUGUCUUCUGAACGCUGAAGCCGCGGUCCGGGUGCCCGAGCAUGUCCCCGCCGCGAAAUACGCGCCUAUUCUCUGCGCAGGCGUCACCGUCUUCAACUCUCUUCGUCAUAUGAACAUCACCCCUGGAGAGAUCGUCGCCGUGCAAGGGCUGGGUGGACUGGGUCAUCUGGCCAUUCAGUAUGCGCGGAAGAUGGGGUAUCGGGUUGUGGCAAUCUCACGAGACUCACGGAAGGAGGCAAUGGUCAGGGAGCUCGGUGCGCACGAUUACAUUGACGAGAGUCGGGUCAAUGUGAGCGAGGCGUUGCAGCAGCUUGGUGGAGCCUCUUUAAUCAUGUCGACGGCGCCGAACGCGGCAAUUAUUAGUCCCUUGCUGAAGGGGUUGGGUGUUUUGGGCAAGUUGUUGAUUCUGUCAGUGCCGGGUCCGGUGCCGGUGGAUACCUCAAUUAUGGUGAGCGGCGGACUUUCAGUGCAAGCUUGGCCAUCGGGCCAUGCAAAUGAUAGCGAGGAUGCUAUUACCUUCACCGAGUUGCAAGAUAUCAACUGCAUGGUGGAGGAGUUCCCGCUUGAAGAUGCUAAUAAGGCUUAUGAUGCCAUGGUCAAUGGAACGGUCAGGUUCCGUGCAGUGUUGACCAUGAAUUAGUCCCUUGGCUCUUAUGAGAAAACAUGAGCCAAGAUCUGGGUCAAGUGGCCCAUCGAUCUACUCUGUCUCAGAUGAAUAAAAUAGUGGAAGACUUCGGUGUGUCAAGAAAGAAGACCCUUGUUCUCAGCUCCUAGCUCUGCGAUGUGGCUUGGAACCACCCGAGCCAGUGGACCGCAUUUCCGAUUUCAGCCGUGC